AAUCGUGAACUACAAAGAAAGAAGAACCGAUGGAAGAACGCAGCGCCAGCCUCCAUCGAUUCAACAAUUGGAAGCCUCGAACACACUCUGCCAAAGGACAGAAAAUCAAUCAAUUGAGCGGAUUUAUCAUACUCCAAGCAGGAACAUCAGAACUUGAAAUUGGGCACAAUUUUCAAUUACACAAGGAAGACGCACAGAAAAGGAUAUGGGCGUUGGCAUCCAGGAUCACUCGAUCGAAAAUCCAUACCAAUAACUCGGACUCGAUUCCGGACGGAGGAAGGUCUAAGCGGCGGCCGCUCGUCCACUCUCCUCCUCCCUUUUCCCCCUGGAUGCGGAUGGUUGAGGCUGCACCCGCGGCCUCCAUCGGCACGGCCGUCUACAGCGGCGACGACCACAUCCCGGCAGCAACGCUCCUCCCUCCGGAGGAGCACCACGGCCCGCCACGCAGCCCGGCAACAGAGACGGCCAACGCGCAUGCGGAGCGCAGUUCUCUCCGCCACACCUUGGCACGGCGGCGGCCUUCGGCUCCGACGCCGCUUCUCCUGAUGCGGCGCGAUGGCGCGGCGGCCGGCGGUGGCGGCGGCCAAUAUCCGUCCCACGGCGUGGAGAUGCUGCCCAGGCGCAGACGACCUUCGAUUGGCGAAGCCAUCUUACCUCCUAACUCCUCACGAGGAGAUGUGCUAUGACUCUGUACAGCCAAAGCUAACUCAAUCGAUGGAUUCUUGGCCGUAGCGAGAAUCACCGGAGAACCUUAUCUCUUCGGCCAUUUAACAAUUUGCAUUUUUUUUUCUAUUGCCAAAUAAGGACAUCAGCUUUAGUACUA